UGUCGUGUAGAGUAGAAUGCGCUUGGUUGCGUUCGAUAAUUUAGUUAAGUCUUCAGAUAUUUCGUUUUCUAUCUAAAUGUAGGUCGAAUUAAGUUAUUUCUUUGUGACAAUUUAUUAACUAAUUUUAUUUAAGUGACAUGAAUUAAUUUAGUACUAUCAAAAUGCCUGGAAUAAGAAAAUAUCGACGAGAUACUAGCGAAGUCAGCUGUUGUUUGAAAUAUGUUAUUUUUGGUGUGAAUGUGUUGUUUUGGUUCUUGGGACUUAUAGUACUGGCUGUGGGUGUGUGGGCAUGGACGGAAAAGGACACAUUCAACAACCUGUCCCAGCUGACAAAUAUAGCGCUGGAUCCAGCUUUCAUAUUGAUGUGUGCUGGGGCUAUCACAUUCAUAAUCGGCUUCACGGGCUGCGUCGGGGCAUUGCGUGAGAACACCUGCCUACUGGCCUGCUAUGCGGUGUUUUUGGCGCUGUUGUUGCUGUCUGAGAUGACAACAGGAAUCCUGUUCUUUGUGUUCAAAGAUUGGAUAAAACAGCAGGCGACGACUGGUUUCCAGACCUUCAUCACGCAUUACAGAGAAGACCCAGACCAACAGAACCUGAUUGACUGGAUACAAGAAGAAUGGCUCCAAUGCUGCGGAGUAGAAGGCCCGCGCGACUGGGACCGGAACGCAUACUUCAACUGCUCGAGCGGCGCCGUUGGGUCCCGAGAGGCCUGCGGAGUCCCCUUCAGCUGCUGCCGCAACAAGCCGCAGGACAUCAUCCGCAACAAGCAGUGCGGCUACGACGUCCGCAAGCCGACCUAUCAAGUGAGCGAGCGCGUGAUCCACGAGCGGGGCUGCCUGGCGGCGGGCGAGGAUUGGCUGCAGCGCCGCUUCCCCGUGGUGGCCGCCGCCUUCCUAGGGCCCAUCGCACUUAAGAGUUAUGAUAUUGCUAAGAUAAUACACGAGAAAGGCUGCCUAGAGGCGGCCGAAGAGUGGUUUGACCGUAACUUGCUGGUGGUUGCUACGACCGCUGUUUGUACUACUUUUGCACACAUCCUCGGAAUAUGUUUCGCCCAAAACCUGCGUGCGGACAUUUUCGCCCAAAAAGCGAAAUGGCACUGACAAUCAGCCCCUCCUGCGGCCGUGUGACGCGCCUCGCGUCGCGCCCGCGACCCCUACAGCGCGCUCUACGCCGCCGACCUGACCUGCCACC